GAAGCGACGAUGGCAACCCUGAGCUGCAGCAACUGUAGUUUGACCUACUUCGUCUGGAUCGUGUGGUUUUGUCAUGCUGUUUUCAACCUCGUCUUCAUAGGCUGUGCUAUCAAGUCGUACCAAAGAUAUCAUCAAGUUCAGCAAUUUCGCGAUUUCCUGGGCGUAAUUAUCCUCAUCCCUGCAUUGCUUUCGAUCAUGUACCUUACAUACUCGGUCAUCUACCUCUUAGGAAGAUAUCUGAAGUCGACCAGUUUUCAUGCUGGAUGGAUUUCCGCGGGUUCUUUCUUCCUCAUAUUUCAGCACAUGACAUACGUGGUGUGGUCAGUGACCAUACUUUGCCAUAGCGGAAGCUCAGAGGCCGUGUGCGACCAAACCAUGUACGCAAGUUUGGUGUUUGCAGGAUUUGCAAUGGGCUCGGGAUCACUCUUUUUCUUGUUGUUCACAUUCUAUCACUUCAAGUAUGUCGAAUCGAGCGACGGCGUAAGUAGAAGCUAUGCCAUGAAAUCCAUGGGGGGAGUUCCACGAUCGGAUGCAAUAUGACGACAGAUAGACCUGCAUCUUUGUCCUUAUGUCAUGUAUGAUUUGCUCAACACUCUGUCUGCCAGAUAUAACCAAAUGCGGCACAAAGAGAUCGACUGUAUAAAUGGUUUAAUUCCCCUCAAUCCAGCGAACUAGAAGGACGAUUCCUAAUAGAAUCAAGAAUCCAAU